CUGUUGUUAAACUAACAGCUAACGUUUGUGGUAACCUUUCGGUAAAAUUGUCAGAUAGACGAUUAAAACAAUAUUUCGGAUACGUUGUUUGAAAAGAUUGUUAAAGAUUCUUUCGUUGGAUUUCUGUACAUUUUUUAACGUUCAUUUAUCCUGCUCUCGUUAAGUUCGUUUUACUGGAAGUUUGAGCAGAAACGGAGGAAACUCCUGAUCGCUGUGGGCGUGUGUGGAAUGAAAACUAUGAGGAGAAUCUGUUCCUCUGGAGCACUUGAUGACCUUGCACGAGAAAACUUCAAAAUUCAGAGAAGAUAAAAGGAACCAGACGUGGUCAAAUAUUCUUCUCAUUCAGUGAAUCCAGCACCACCACCAUGUCCACAGAACCAGCAGACCCAGAACCGGCACAGGUGGUGAACCCUCCACCUCCUGAGGUGACCAACCCCAACAAACCAUGCCGAAGAACCAACCAGCUGCAGUACAUUCAGAACGUGGUGGUGAAGUCAGUGUGGAGACACCAGUUCUCCUGGCCCUUUUAUCAGCCUGUAGAUGCUGUGGCUCUGGGUUUACCUGACUACCACACCAUCAUCAAGACUCCAAUGGACCUGGGAACCAUCAAGAAGCGUCUAGAGAACAACUACUAUAGCAGCUCCAGUGAAUGUAUGCAGGACUUCAACACCAUGUUCACCAACUGCUACAUCUACAACAAGCCCACAGAUGACAUUGUGCUGAUGGCUCUGGCUCUGGAAAAAGUUUACCAUCAGAAGAUUUCUCAGAUGCCUGAGAUUGAAGUGGAGAUUUUACCUCUAGCAGUAAAAGGGAAGAGCAGGAAGAGCAGCACGGCAGCAGCUGGGCACAAUGAGGCAGGGACAACAUCUCCUGCAGCUCCAGCCCCUGCAAAGAGGAAAGCUGUGAACAGAAGGAACUCAUUCAUCACCACUUCAGCUCCGUCCACUGUCGUCAGCAGUUUGUCUAACAACAGAAGGAGACAAGAGAAGUGGGACUCAAGUGAAGCUGCCUUGACUGAGAGUGACUCUGAGAAGCAGCAGGAGCACACAAACACAGGCUGGUCUGACAAACAGCUGAAAUACUGCAGUGACAUCCUGAAAGAACUGCUGUCUAAAAAACAUUCGGCCUACGCCUGGCCUUUCUACCAACCAGUGGACACUGAGAGGCUGCAGCUGCAUGACUAUCACAACAUCAUCAAGUACCCCAUGGAUCUGGGCACUGUCAAGACAAAGAUGUCGGCAGGGGAAUAUCUGGACGCUCAGGGGUUCGCUGCUGACGUCAGAUUAAUCUUUUCAAACUGCUACAAAUACAAUUCUCCAGAACAUGUCAUUGUCUCCUACGCCAAGAGACUCCAGGGUGUGUUUGAGAGGAUCUUUUCUAAGAUGCCAGAUGAACCUGUGGAGCUGACACCGUUGCUCAGAACCCGCUCCAACGCCAACAGAACCUGGAGGAGCAACGGUGGAGACCAAGCAGGUUCCCUGAACAGAGGUUCCUCACACUCAACAGAAGAACUGUCCUCCACACUGACCAUCAUCCAUGACCAGAUGAAAACGGUUGGUGAACAGCAGACUGGUCUGUCUGAAACCCCUGACGCUAAACUAAAGCAGAAGAACAGAAGUAGAGAGAUGAAAAACAAAAAAAGUUCCAGAUGCUUGUGGAAAAAACAGAAACCGUACGACUCUGAUGACGAGUCUCUCCCCAUGUCCUAUGAGGAGAAGCAGAGGCUGAGUCUGGACAUCAACCGCUUGUCAAGUGCCAGACUGGGACGGAUUGUGUCUAUCGUCAGGAGAGAGGAGCCGGACAUGUGCAGUAGUGACAUGGACGAGAUUGAGAUCGACUUUGAGAGGCUGAAGCCGUCAACGUUGAGGGAACUGGAAUUCUACGUCAGGUCCUGUCUCCAGCGCAGGUUGAAGAAGAUGCAGAAGAAAAUGAAGAAAAGUUCCCCAGGUCAUGUCAACAUUGCUGCUGCUGCUGCUGAGACUUCCACAGACUCCACCUCCAGCAGCUCUGAUGGCUCCGCUUCCAGCAGCACUGACGAAUGACAAAUCUGUUUCUGUUUUUAUUUAUUGAUGUUCCACUAUUUUGACCAAUGAAUCAAUCAUCGUUAUAUAUGAGGGCUUUAAAAGUGAUUAAUGUCAGUAGGUUUUAUUUUUUUAUCUUUUCUUUUUUACAUACUUAAGAUCUUUGUCAGUUCAUUGUUUAUACUGUGAAAUUAAAGUCUGUUUUACAGAAAA